AUGGAUCCUGUCCAAUUCUCGGCAAUUUUCAACAUCAGCAUGAACGGGAGCAUCGUCAACACGGCGAUCGAUCCCGUCAUUCUCACCCAGUUUUGGGAGAGCCUUGCCAUCCAGCUGAUGCCCGGACGCGAUGUAAUUGGGAUCUCAGGACCUACUUUCCGCGUUCUCGAUGAUGGUGGCAAGCAGUUCAUUGCUCAUCACUUUGCCAGCGCCAUUGGAGACACAAUGGUGAAGUAUGUGAUUGACGGAAGCGGCAUGCAUCCUGAUCGCUACUUCCUGGGCCGUACCAGCUUUUUCCACCCCGAAAAUCUGAUCUCUCAUGCUGGGGAGCUGGACGUCUGGAUCCCUUCUGGCUAUCCUCUGGGGUCGUCUAAUUACUCUUUCAACAAUGGACAGACCGAAACUCCAGUCGCCCAAAGUAACGCUCAACGCACCGGCCGCAAUGGAACAGUGAGGAUACCGCGCCCACCCAAUGCGUACAUUCUGUAUCGCAAGGAUCAUCACAAGGCUGUUAAGAAGUCUGAUCCGGAACUUUCCAACAACGAAAUAUCCGUCAUCCUUGGGCGUCAGUGGAACGCCGAGUCUGACGACGUGCGUAUGCACUAUCACACCAUGGCCAUUGAGAUCAAGCGUCAGGUUGAGAGGCUUCAUCCUGACUACAGAUACAACCCUCGUAGGUCGUCUGAGAUCCGCCGCCGGGCCCGCGGUAAUCACGGGGUCUACAAUGUCGAUGGCACGAACUCAGUUCCAGUUGAGCAAAACACAGGCAAUACCGCUGGCCCGAUUGCAGCACCCAGCAUCGAAUUUUCCAUGUCGCCUGGAUCCAGUGCCUCCACUGGCGACGAAGCCGAGACUUAG